AUGAUGCAAAAUUUGUACGAGACUGAGGAGACCGGUCAAAAUACGAUGAUUAUGCUAAAUGAGCAGGGAGAGCAACUCAACAGGAUUGAAGAGGGCAUGGACAAUGUCAAUAAUGAAAUGAAGGAAGCCGAAAAACAUCUUACUGCCCUCGAGAAAUGUUGUGGAUGCUUUCAGUGCAAAAAACCCGUUGACUUUGAGGCAAAUGAUAAAUACUCAUCAACCUGGAACAAGAAUUCAAACGAGGUAGUCAAUGAGCAACCAACGUCAUCGAGCCAGUACAACAGCCGUCCCGGUCAAACAGCAUCAAAUCAUGGAAACAAGGCUAUGAUCAACAAAGUUGUGGGAGAUGAACGGGAAGAUGAGAUGGAACAGAACCUGAAUAUGGUAUCCGGGAUGCUGAGUGGAUUAAAGAAUAUGGCUCUUGAUAUGGGCGAUACGAUCGAGGCACAAAAUACUCAAAUUGACAGAAUCAAUUCGAAGGCAGAACAAAAUGAGCUUAGAGUCGAUAGUGCUAACAAAAGAGCUCAGAAAAUUCUUGGCGAAGAUAAAAAGUAG